ACGGGACGGGGCUGAACCGGGACAGGACGGGGCUGAACCGGGACGGGACGGGCUCCGCUCUGCACCGCCACCAUGCAGAGGCCGUGCAGAGGCUGAUUCAUUUCCCUUGGCAUCUUCCUGCAAAGCCUGUGCUGUGGUUCCUGUUUUUGUCCCGUGAUUUGGCCGGGCUUGGGACGGGGACUGCGAGCAGCACCGACACGGGGAGCCGGCCAUGGGAUGACCUUCUUCUUCUCGGACACGGUGGUGCUGCUGUUUGACUUCUGGAGCGUGCACAGCCCCACAGGGCUGGCGCUCUCCCUGCUGGUGGUCGCGCUGCUGUCGGUGCUGUACGAGGUGGUGAAGAUGGGCAAGGCCAGGGUGCUGCGCCAGGGCGCUGCUGGCCGUGCCCCCCAGCCUGAGCCACGAGGAGCUGCUGGAGCCCGAGGAGGGGGACGGCGGCCACGGGGCCACGCAGGGCAGCGCAGGUGGUUCCAGUUCCACGUGGCGCAGACGCUGCUGCACGUGGUGCAGGUGGUGCUGGGCUACGCGCUGAUGCUGGCCGUCAUGUCCUACAACGCCUGGGUCUUCCUCGGGGUGCUCGCGGGCUCCACCGUCGGCUACUUCGUGGUGUACCCGCUGCUCAGGGUGGGCUAGGAGUGGGGACCCCCCCCUCGGGACAUUGCGGGGUGCUGGGGUGUCACCGCCACGGCUGCUGGCUGCGUCCCCGUCCCUGUGCCACGCAGGACGUGGCACCACCGGGGGUGGCUCUGGGGCCAUCCCCCGGCUCUCAGGGAGCUUUUGGCCAUGUGGAUUUGGGGUGCUGCCUGCUCAGGGUGGGGGUGCUGAGCCCCCCUCUGCUGGGGGGGGUGCGGUUUUGGCACUGGGAUGCUGUGUGUGUGAGCUGGGCAGGUCCCUGCGCGCCCCUCCAGCACUGAUCCUGCCCCAAACCCCUCACACUGUGCCUUGGGGGGGGCUGCAGAAGGAGCCGGGUGCUGGGGGGGGGCCCGGCCGCCCCCCACCUCACCCCCCAUGCCUCCUGGUUCGCACUUUAGGAUGGGAGCUGCUGCCUCCUGCUCUCUGUGGCAAUAAAACCACCGGGGGCCUGGGGCUCCCGGCUUGGUGUGGGGCUGCCGGAGGCGAUGCGGGGCACCCGGCACCCCCGGCUCACAGCGGGUUUGGGGGGGCUGCACCUCAGCCCCAUCACAGCCCCCCCCUGCACACAUAGCAGUGUCCUGGGGCCGGGCGGUUGGGGAGUAAGGACAGCCUCCUCUGGCUUUAAAUAAAGCUUUAGUUCUUUUAUUAAUUAUUAUAAGCAUAUCUUAAACAUUUGUAUAACAUUCUUAAUAAAAUAUCUUGGAAGAGACAGGUUUUAAGUUCCCAA